AUGAAGUUUCACGAGAUCAAGCUUCCAUACACCAUCCAUUGUGCCAUUCCCGCCGCCCUCCUUGCGACGUGCCUUGUGAUCCUCGCCGUCGUGAUCCUGCAAGACGACAGCGAGCCGCUGCUGCCCUCGUUGGUGGCCGAUGGCGAUAGCGGCAGCGCCAACCUGUCGUGCAACAUCUUCAAGGGCGAGUGGGUGCCGGACCCAGGUGCGCCGUGCUACACCGCCGAGACCUGCCCCGUGAUCCACGGCCACUACGACUGCCUGCGGUACGGCAGGCCAGACCUCGGGUUCAUCCGGUGGCGGUGGCGCCCCGCCGGGUGCGAGCUGCCCCACCUCGACCCGGCGCGGUUCCUGCGCGCGGCGAGAGGCCGGUCCAUGGCGUUCGUCGGCGACUCGCUCGCCAGGAACCAGAUGCACUCGCUGGUGUGCCUCCUGGCGCGCGCCGAGACGCCGUCGCCGUGGACGAACGCCGCGGGGCACGCGUUCCGCUUCCGGCGGCACAGGUUCACGGUCGCGUCGUUCUGGUCGCCAUUUCUCGUCCACGCCGCAGAGGCGGACCCCGAUGGGCCGGCGCGGAGUGGGGCAGGCCUGUGGAGCCUCCACCUCGACGAGCCGGACGCCGGGUGGGCGGCGCGCGCCAGCGAGUUCGACUACGUGGUGGUUUCGGCGGGGAGCUGGUUCUUUCGCCCGUCCGUGUUCCACGAGCGCGGCCACCUCGUCGGCUGCAACGCCUGCCUGGCGCCCAACGUCACCGACCUCACGCUCCGGUACCCGCUGCGGAAGGCGUUCCGGACUAACGGGACGUGGAACGAGGACGGUGACUGCGCGCGGACGCGGCCGCUCGCGCGCGGCGAGUGGGAGGUGAACGCGGUGGAGAAGGAGAUGCACGCGAUACAGGUGGAGGAGUUCGCGGCGGCGAGGAGGGAGGCGAAGGGGAAGGGGGCGGCGAGGAUGCUACUGCUCGACGCGACGGAAGCGAUGGCGCAGCGGCCGGAUGCGCACCCGGGCAAGUACCGGCUGUGGCAGCCCGACAGGUUCAACGUGUCGCGUGACUGUCUGCACUGGUGCUUGCCCGGCGCCAUGGACGCCUGCAACGACAUGCUGCUCCACAUGCUGUUACACUAG